AUGGGGAGUGGUAUUAUUAUGUGUUGUAAUGGAGUAAUAUUUUCCCGCCAUUCUAGGGUAGUAAGCGCUGCAUUCGAGCCGCCAAUUAGUGGUGGCGGAGGAGGAAGCGGUGUUGGGUUGAGCUCGAGGUGGAAAGUUUUGGAGCAAUUGGACAAGGAAUUGAGCAAGGGAGAUGACAGGGCAGCAUUGAAUCUUGUUAAGGAUUUACAAGGCAAGCCCGGCGGUCUCCGAUGCUUUGGCGCCGCUCGCCAGAUACCCCAGAGGCUUUACAGUUUGGAUGAGCUGAGACUGAAUGGAAUAGAAACUGCAUCUCUUCUAGCACCAGUAGAUACUACACUGGGUUCUAUAGAGAGAAACUUGCAGAUUGCUGUUCUCUUGGGAGGAAUAGCUGUGUGGAAUGUUUUUGGAUUAAGUCCACAACAAAUCCUAUUUUUGUCCCUCGGAUUGUUGUUCAUGUGGACCUUAGAUGCGGUGUCUUUCAAUGGAGGAGUCAGUUUCUUGGUUCUUGAUACAAUAGGCCAUUCAAUCAGCCAAAAGUACCAUAAUAGGGUUGUCCAACACGAGGCUGGACAUUUCUUGAUUGCAUACUUGCUUGGAAUCCUGCCAAGGGGAUAUACACUAACCAGCUUGGAAGCUUUUAAAAAGGAAGGAUUGCUCAAUGUUCAAGCCGGUACUGCUUUUGUGGAUUUUGAGUUUCUCGAGGAAGUAAGCAAAGGGACAGUAUCUGCCACGACGCUGAACAGGUUUACAUGUAUAGCACUAGCAGGUGUGGCAACGGAGUAUCUUCUUUUUGGUUAUGCAGAGGGAGGUCUUGCAGACAUUAACACGUUGGAUAGGUUACUGAAGAGCUUGGGUUUCACCCAGAAGAAGGCUGAUUCUCAAGUAAGAUGGGCUGUACUGAAUACCAUCUUAAUUUUGCGUCGUCAUGAAAAAGCCCGAUUGAUGCUUGCAGAUUCCAUGUCCAAGGGAAGCUCUGUGGGUGCUUGCAUUUACAUCAUUGAGAAAACCAUAGCUGAUGCUGAUUUAUAG